UCUCUCUCUCUCUCUCUCUCUCUCUCUCUUUUGUUGCUUUGUCUUGGAUUCAUAUAGCCCAUUUUGUCUUCCUUCUUUUUUAUUUCUGAAUAUAUAUAGGGCCUUUUGUCUUUUGGUUUCAGACAAAGUACCCUACAAAAAAAAAAAGAAACUGAUCAAGGGGUAAGGGUAAGUUGUCCUGGGAGGGGGAUAGAUUGACUAUUGUUAGCCCUAGAAAGGGACACGUGGCGGAAUGAAGGAGAGUGGCAGGAAACAAGGUGCUCCUUCACCAUGCGCAGCAUGCAAGCUUCUGAGGAGGAGAUGUGCUGAGGACUGUGUUUUUGCUCCUUAUUUUCCAGCUGAUGAACCCCAGAAGUUUGCUAACGUGCACAAGGUCUUUGGUGCCAGCAAUGUCAACAAAAUGUUACAGGAAUUGCCAGCGCACCAGCGAGGCGAUGCAGUGAGUAGCAUGGUUUAUGAGGCAAAUGCAAGGGUGCGGGACCCGGUGUAUGGGUGCGUGGGGGCCAUCUCUUCUCUACAGCAACAGAUUGAUGCCCUCCAGACACAAUUGGCGCUGGCUCAGGCUGAGGUGGUGCACCUGCGAGUGAGGCACACCGCAUCAUUCCCCAACCACUGGGUCCGCCCUGGCAGCCCCAGUAGCAGCGGCUCCCCCUCAUCCCGGCCCAUGGGCUCUUCACAUGCCAAGCCCAUUUUUGACUUGGAUAUGGUGGUGGACCAGCCCACCUUGGGAGAGUCAAUGUGGUCAUGUUAGUAAUUAUGUUUUUAUUUUUUUUAUUUAUUUAUUUUUAUUUUCACUUGAUAUCCCUAUUAUGCAUUUCUUCUCGUGGUGGUGGCGGUGACGGUGGCAGUGGUCGUUAUAAGAGCAGUGGCGGAGGCCAUUCGCCCGCUUCGAUCUUUAUCAUUAAAAUUUAUAUAUGUAUGUUGUAAAUACAAUUUAUAUAUAUAUAUAUAUAUAUAUAUAUAUAUAUAGUAGAUUGCGGGACUUGUAAUGAGACUUUGUGCAUGGAUUGUCCAUGUAUUUUAAGUGAUCAAUGGGCG